AUGACAUCCAACUACACAGUCACGUUGCCGACGAGUGUCCUGCAGUUAGCGAAUUAUACAAACUUCAGUGGAACAAAUACAUCGUCAACUGUAAACCCAGACUGGCCUUACGUGCCAAUACAGCCGAAGCAAGGCCUUAUCCUUUUCAUCAUUACAUUAUGUGGUACCCUGGCGAAUGUCACAGCAUUAUUGGCGACGAUAAAACUAGCUGUCAAACAAAAGAAUGCUAUAAAUUAUUUGAUAAUGGCUCUAACUGUUACAGAUAUUUAUGGAAUAGCUUUGUGCACUUUGCCAACAUUGCUUUGCUAUUUGAAAAGACGUUGGGUCGGAGGCAUGGCAAUGUGCAAUUUUCAAGGAGUGUCCACAAUGUUUGCUAGUUUGGCAUCAGGCUCACUGGCCACAGCUAUGGCAGUAGAGCGUUUGUUUGCUAUAUGGAAGCCGUUUUUGUACAGAAAUUCUGCCACUAGGAGAAAGACAGGGGCUACAGUAUUUGCUAUAUGGAUGUGUGCAAUCAUAAUUGCACUUUUUCCUCUUUCAGGAAAAGGAAACUUUGUUAGAAAUUUGACUGGAACAUACUGCACUGUUAACUGGUUUGCAAAAAAUAGAGCGAAUGUUGCAUAUGCAUUGUUUUAUGUUGUAAUGGGGAUUUUAUUGGUGAUGAUUGUCCUGUUUUGUAAUAUAAACAUUGCAGUUUGUUUAAUGCUUGCUAAAAGAAGGAGAGUUACAUUAAGGGCUGAUUCCCAAAAAAAGAAACUCUUGAAGAAAAAUUCAGGAACAGAUGUUCCAAAAGAAGCCAGAUCUGUAUCAAGAUCGAACUCAGACCUUGAAAAAAUUGAAAUGAAUGCAGUCAAAAGAAAUGCGACAAGUGCAUUGGAGAGGCAGCUGGCAAAAACGGUUGGGUUGAUAUCAAUACUGUUUGUGCUUUGCUGGGUUCCGUUCAUGAUCAGAAUCAUCUGCAAUCUGACAGGCACCUGGACUAAUGCUUGGAUUGAUGUGCAAGUUGCUCGUUUACUCCUGCUAAACUUUGUUUUGGAUCCAUUUCUGUACACACUUUCAAGGAAGCAAUGCAGAGACAUUGUCAAGGAAUGGUUUUGCUGCUGCUGCUACAAGAAUGGCAGGAGGAUCAAUUUAUGUCCAAAUUGGUUUACUGUUAUAAGGACAAAACAAGGCUCCUUCCUCUCUUCCUCUGGCCAUAUUGCAACAUCGACAACUACAUCAAAUGUUCAGCUGGUGCAAAUUAGGAAAGGAUCAACAGAUACAACACCAGAGCAUUCAGUUACCAAUGUUGCUGUACAUACACCUAACCAAAAAAUUGAGAAUGAAGACAGAGAAGAGAAUUCUGGAAGACAUUUGACAGUGACAGAAGGUGAAAACAGAGAUGGCUGUGAAAUCAAACCAAUGCACCGAAUGCAUUCUGAAAUACAUGCUAGAAAGCCAAAAUAUCUAGAAGAGAAAACAAUUUCCAUGCCAGAUCUUGCACAUAAAUUAACGACAGUAGAAGAUGAAGAAGUAAAAGUAGAUGUUGGUUUCAUGUAUGAUUUGGCAUUCCAAAGACAAAACAGUAACUGAGUUAUACAAGUUCAGCCCAACUUGGUGUUAUUUGAAAAUACAUUAUCAGUUGGAAUUCUUGUCUUUGGUGCUUGCAUGUCAGUUAUUUAAGUCAGUAUGCAAUUUUCUUUUGCAGUUUAUCCAUUUCCUUCAUAACCUUGAAAUGAUCAUAUUGUAUAUAUUCAAUUGACUAAACCUGUAGUAAAUGCAUUUGUAGAUAGAGAUAUAAUAAAUUAAUGAUAAAAUUGGAUUCAUUUACAUAAUGGUAUUUUUAAAAUGGAAUAUGUAAAUCCUUUAUUAAGCAGCCCCGAAAAUAUUGAAAAUAAUGUUGAAAAUGACUAAAGACGUGGUUCGAGCCUGGUUGCAUGAAAAAUCUAACACUUUAGAGACUUUUGUAAAUUUUAGGGAUCCCCUAGAACCUAAACACAGACAUGAUAUUAUUUUAGGUACAGCCUGACAAAGCCAGGCAAAAAAAAGUCUCUUUGCGUUUGAAAGCAUGCUAUGCAUUUUUACAUUCCCCUAUAUUUCAUCCAACAAACACUUGAAUGUCCAUUGAUAAAUAACCCCAUAUUGCAUACAGUUUGUUUACAGUAGAAUUUCUUAGAUAGCAUUAUAUUUAAAAUACACUUUCAUGUGACAUCAUCUUAAAAUAUCUGCAAAUUAGAUUUGGUGUUAAGUAUCAGUUUCAAGUUUCAAGCAAAAUUUUUGCGAAAUUGUAAAAUUAUAUGAUAAUGAUUUACGGGCAUUUCUACACAAUGUAAAGUAACUUAUUCUGCUUGGAAAUGCAAUACCCUUUAAUAGCUAGUUAAA